AUGGGCGGCUCAGCAUCAAAACCUGCUAGAAAGCUCACCAAAAACAUCGUCAACACAGACAAGAUCACGCGGAGCUCCAGGGCCCAUCUUCCCCCUCAGGCACUCAAGGAGCAAUUCGAGAAGUCAGCAGCAGCUCAAGCUGAGGCCCAAGAAGCGCCUAAAUCGAAUGACCAAAAGCAAAAUGAAGAAUCUCAAAACAAAAAUCAACAAGUGGCCCCUCAGCAACACAGAUUCCAGAGUCCUGCUGGCAAUAAUCCCCCAGGCAAGGAUGGAAUGGACCCCACGGCUGACCAGGCGUUUAUAGAUUCCAUCAGCAAGCUAGGGCGCCAGAUCCAGAGCGAAGACGUGAAACAGCCCAAUCAGCAGCUCGAUGUCAGGGCGUUGAAGCAGCUUCUCAACAGAAAAGCUCUCUACGAGAAGGGCCAGAAAGAAGUCAAGGACCAGCUUGACUCGCUGCUGACCCACCAGCGCACAAUGAUCCACCCCAAGACGCUUCUGGCGAUUUUGAAUGCAUACCACGACGAAGGCGUGACCAACGAGACGGUGCUCAAAGACUACGAGUUGAGCGCUGACUUUCUCCAGAACCUCAAUCGGUUCAAGGUGGCUCAGAACAUUGUUCCGCUCCAGGAGGACACCAAGGAGGACGAGGUGGGGCCUCGAACGGAGAAGGACCGUGUGCGUGUGCACGAGACCGACGAGGAGCACGGCAUUGAUGGGGAUGUUGGAAAGGAGCGUUUGAAGGAGUUGCGGAAGCGUCUCGAGUGA